AUGAGUGUUCCUCCUGUUGUCGACAAAAAUAAACUACCCAAGGUAUACCGCGAGUAUUAUAAUGAUGGAGCCACGGACAUGAUUAGUCCGCGUGACAACAUGACUGCCUUCGAUCGGUACAAGAUCCGUCCCCGUGUCCUCGUAAAGAUCCCCGAGAUAGACACUUCGGCGGAGCUAUUUGGAUCCAAAGUCACCUUCCCGUUGGGCUUUUCUCCAACCGCCUUGCAUAAGCUAGCACAUCCCGAGGGAGAGCUUGUUAAAUGUGCCGAAGCUGCCGGGUACAAGGCAAUUUUCCUUACAGUGGACUGCUCUGUGCUCGGGAUUAGAUAUAACGAGCAUCGAAAUACCUUCGCACUUCCUGAUGGGAUGGCGUAUCCUAAUCUAUCACCAGACCCUUCAAAGCCAUUCGGGAUGGGAGAGGAAUAUAAACCUAACAAUAUGGAAGACACCGAGAUAACAUGGACCGAUGCAAUCCCAAGGCUCCGCUCAAUUACCAAUAUGAAGAUUUGGGCCAAAGGUAUCUACACCCCAGAGGAUGUCGUUCUAGCUAUCGAACACGGGGUCGACGGCAUCAUUAUUUCAAAUCACGGAGGCCGUCAGCUGGAUGGUGUCCCUGCCACAAUCGACGUUCUCCGUGAAUGUGCGCCGAUCGUGGAAGGGAGAAUUCCGAUCGCAAUCGACGGGGGUAUUCGGCGAGGAUCAGACAUCUUUAAGGCCCUGGCUCUUGGGGCACAACAUUGCUUUGUGGGCCGUGUCCCUCUGUGGGGCUUAGCGUAUAAUGGUAAAGAGGGCGUAGAGCUCGCCAUCCAGAUUCUUCUCACUGAAUUGAAAGUCACAAUGGCUUUAGCUGGUUGCAAAAGUAUUAAAGAUAUUAGUCGAAGUCAUCUUGCUACUGUCGACGCUUCUGGGGUCAUUUGCAAACUCUAG